AUGUCGAAGGCUAAUAUUGAUGUGGAGAAGGUCCUGAGCGCCAAGUAUCCGGCCAAAGCGCAUGCUAAGCGCGUUGUCGAGUACAUCAGGUCCAAGAUUCCCGAUGCUACCGGAGUACUGUACCUAGAAGGACGCUCGGAUAAGUUACUAGAGGAUAGUGAUGAACCUGUUCCUUUCCGACAACGGAGAGCUUUCUUUUAUCUGACAGGCGUGGAUGAAGCUGACUGCUUCUUUAUCUACGACAUCGCAACCGCACACUCGACCCUCUUCAUUCCUCCCAUAGACCCCGACUCUGUUAUCUGGUCCGGCCUACCACUUUCUGCGGAGGAGGCCCUAGCGAAGUACGAUGUUGACGCCGUUCUUCCCUCCACCGAGCUCAACCCAACGCUGGUCAGACUUGGAAGCCCACCCAAGUCUACCGUCUUUGCUAUAGCCGAUCGAGUUUCGGAUGCAGUGACAUUCCUCGAGUUUACCAACAAGGAUUUCACGAUUCUUGGCGAGGCAGUUGACGAAUCUCGAGUGGUGAAGGAUGAGUACGAAAUCGCUCUCAUCAAGAAGGCCAACGAGAUCAGCGGUGCUGCUCAUAAGGCCGUCCUCGAGAGUGUGAAGAGUGCUAAGAACGAGUAUGAGCUUGAAGGUGCAUUCAUAGGUACUAGCAUUCGUUACGGAGCCAAGAAGCAGGCGUACCCUAGCAUCGUUGCUAGCGGACGAGCUGCUGCUACUCUACAUUAUGUCCACAACGACAAGGACCUGGCGGGCAAGGACUUGUUGCUUUUGGACGCAGGUGCCGAGUGGAGUAACUAUGCUGCUGAUAUAACAAGAACAUUCCCCAUCUCGGGAAAGUUCACAGAAGAAUCUCGUGCUAUUUACGAGAUUGUUCUACAGAUGCAGACAGACACGAUUGCUGUAUUGAAAGAAGGCGUGUCGUGGGACGAGGUACAUCUACUUGCGCACAAGAUCGCCAUCGACGGUCUGUUGUCAUUAGGCAUUUUAAAGGGCAACCGAGAGGAGAUUCUUCAAGCGCGUACUAGCACAGCGUUCCUGCCUCAUGGUCUAGGCCAUUAUCUCGGAUUAGAUACUCACGAUACUGGAGGCCACCCCAACUAUUCCGACCCCGACCCGAUAUUCAGGUACUUGAGGGUCCGACAGAAUCUCCCUGCUGGAAGCGUGAUUACUGUAGAGCCUGGCAUCUACUUUUGCGAAUUCAUCAUCAGGCCCUACUUAAAGGACCCUAAGCACUCGAAGUAUAUUGAUGAAAAAGUGCUGGACAAGUACUGGGACGUCGGUGGUGUGAGAAUCGAGGAUAACCUACUCAUCACGAAAGACGGUUCUAUUAACUUGACUGACGCCGUCAAGGAUCCCGAUGAGUUGGAGAAGAUCAUCUCCAGCAGCUAA